UUAUAUUUUUUUUUUUUCUUGGUUUUAUCACCUGCUGAGCGAGUUUAUAUUUAAGUUAAAAUUUUAGUUAUUCUAAAGGAAGUGAUUGAGUAAAUAACAGUACAGGUAACAAGUGUAUUACACAGUGUAUCUUCUGGACUCAUGGUGACCCCACAGAGAUAAACCUGUGAUGACUGAACAGUGUGAAAACUACUGUCAAAGCUGUGGGCAGGGUGCUCUGGGCUUACAGAGAAGAGGUGCAGACAUAAACUUGGUAAUAGAAGAUCAGGAAUUACUUCCUGGCAUUGAGUAUUAAGGACUGGUAGGCAUGAGGUGGUUGUAGAAUAAGAUUUGUUUAGGAAGGAUGGGCAGUUGGGUAUGACUGCUUCUAGGUUGUGCGUCAUGGAGUGACUGGAGAGACAAGCAGGAAUAGCAUCAAAAAAGGCCUUCUAUGCUUAUAGUAGGGAGGUUGGACUUUAUUCUGAAGACGAAGGGAAGCUAUUGAACAGUUUUAAGCAGUAAAAUGGUAUGAUCAGAGUUUUAGAGUAAGCUAAGAUUGACCAGUUAGGAGACUGCUUUUUAAGUUAGUUCAGGAGAGAAAAGAUGAAGGUACAACUAAGGCAAGUGGCACUGGGCAUUAAGAAGUGUAUGUGUGCUAAUUUUAGAUUUCUUAGGGAAGUAGACAUGACAGGACUUAGUGGUCAGUUGGAUAGAAAUGUUGAAGUCUGGAGAGUCAAGAUUGACUCCCAGGUUUUUGGUUUGGAUAACCAGGUGGCAUGUAGAGCAAUUAAUUAAUAAACAGCAUACAGAAAGAGGAAAGAACUUGGUUUCAUUUGUUUGUUUUUGAGGAAAAAGAUGUUUGUAUUUGAACUUACUGAAUCUGAGGGGCUUGUGGGACAUCUUGGUUAAGAUCCAGUAGUAGUUGAUAGGGAGGUUCUAGAAGUCAAGUGAUACAACCCAGCCUGGGGAGAUUUGGGAGUCUUCAGCAUUUGGAAGUUUGGAAGCCAUUGUUUCCUACAGUGCAGUAUGAGAUAAUUUAAAAUGGUACAUAGAUAAACACUUGAAAAAUUUUUAAUAGGUAAGAAUUUAAUGUGUGUGAAAAACAUAACUUGCACAUCAAACCUAUCAUAUCAUGGACAUUAUCACUUAGGCCAAGUGAGCUCAAUAAAAGGGAAAUAUUAAGUAAAAAUACAUGUAACAUGUGGAAAUGGCAAAAAUCAUGGUGAAGCUAUGCAAAUGUUGGAAGUUCAGAAAGUGCUGUCUUAAGCCAUGGGUGUGGUGGAUGAGGUCACCCAAGGAGAGAGUAAGAGUGAGAAGAAAAUAGAGUUGACAUUUGGGUGGCGGGGAAUGGAGAAGAAGAGCCCAUGAAGGAGACUGAGGAAGAGCAGCCAGACGAAUAGGAGGAGAACCAGGAGAAGAUGGUCUUUGGAGUCCAAAUGAAGAGUUCUGAGGAGGAAGUGGUCCACAGCGUCAAGAUCGUGCACCAUGGACGAUUUUGCCAAGGGAGAUUGCGCUGUAACAGAUUAUGCCUUGUUAGAAGAUUGCCCUUAUGUGGAUGAUUGUGUCUGUGCUCCUGAAUUUAUGACUGAUGAUUAUGUUCGUGUGACUCAGCUUUACUGUAAUGGGGUGGGUAUGCAGUAUAAAGAUUAUGCCCAAAGUGAGAGAAAUUCAGAAUUUGACAUCUGCAGUAUAUGGUGUAAUAAACCAGUUUCUGUCCUGCAAGAUUAUUGUGAUGCCAUUAAAAUAAACAUAUUCUGGCCACUUCUGUUUCAACAUCAAAAUAGUUCUAUAAUAUCACGAUUGCAUCCCUGUCUGGAAGCCAACAAUUCUCGUGCUUCUGAGAUAAGUUUGAAGAAAUUGCAACAUCUUGAGUUGAUGGAAGAUAUUGUGGAUUUGGCAAAGAAAGUUGCUAAUGAUUCAUUCCUUAUUGGAGGCUUACUGAGAAUUGCUUAUAAAAUAGAAAAUAAAAUCUUGGCAAUGGAGGAAGCUUUGAAUUGGAUAAAAUAUGCAGGCGAUGUAACAAUUCUAACUAAAUUAGCAGCAGUUGACAGUUGUUGGCCUAUGUUAAGUAUUUUCUUUACUGAAUACAAGUAUCACAUAACUAAAGUUAUAACAGAAAACUCCGAUUUGCUUGAAGAAUUUAAAACCCAAACUUGUGCGGACUGUAUAGAGCAAGGAGAACUAAUGAAAAUGAAAGGAAAUGAAGAGUUUGCCAAAGGAAGAUUUGAUAUAGCUAUUAUCUAUUACACCAGAGCCAUUGAAUAUAGACCUGAAAACCACCUUCUUUAUGGUAAUAGAGCUCUUUGCUUUCUUCGUACUGGACAGUUCAGAAAUGCCCUUGGUGAUGGAAAGAGAGCCACCAUUCUGAAGAGCACUUGGCCAAAGGGCCAUUAUCGUUAUUGUGAUGCUCUUUCUAUGCUGGGGGAAUAUGACUGGGCCCUGCAAGCAAACAUAAAAGCUCAAAAACUCUGUAAAAAUGACCCUGAGGGAAUCAAGGAUCUAAUUCAGCAGCAUGUAAAGUUACAAAAACAAAUAGAAGACUUACAAGGUCGAACACCAUAUAAGAAUCCAAUUAAAGCGUUUUAUGAAAGUAGGGCCUCCACAUCUAGGAGUUUGUCAGCACCUAGGUUUAGUACUUCACUUAACUUUGUGGAGAAGGAAAGAGAUUUCAGAAAAACUCACCACGCUAUGGCAAACGGCGGUAAUCAGAAUCUAAAGGUGGUAGAUGAAGCUUCAAAGGUAGAUGAUUGUGACUGUCAUCCUGAAUUUCCACCACCGUCAAGUCAGCCUCCCAAACACAAAGGAAAACAAAAAUCCCGAAAUAAUGAAUCGGAGAAGUUCAGUUCUAAUUCACAGUUGACUUUACCAGUAGAUUGGAAAAACAUCUUGGAGAAACAAUUUUCAAAAUCUUCAAGAGCUGCACACCAGGAUUUUGCUAAUAUCAUGAAAAUGCUGAGAAGCUUAAUUCAAGAUGGUUACACAGCCUUGUUGGAGCAGCGCUGCCGCAGUGCUGCACAGGCCUUUACAGAGUUGCUGAAUGGUUUAGAUCCUCAAAAAAUAAAGCAAUUGAACCUGGCCAUGAUUAACUAUGUCUUGGUAGUGUAUGGACUUGCCAUUUCUCUUCUUGGAAUAGGACAGCCUGAGGAAUUAUCUGAAGCUGAAAACCAGUUCAAGAGGAUGAUUGAACACUACCCCAAUGAGGGGCUUGACUGCUUGGCCUACUGUGGAAUUGGAAAAGUAUAUUUGAAAAAAAACAGAUUUCUAGAAGCUCUCAAUCACUUCGAGAAGGCAAAAACCUUGAUUUAUCGUCUCCCUGGAGUGUUAACUUGGCCCACAAGUAAUGUGGUUAUUGAAGAGUCUCAGCCAGAGAAAAUAAAGAUGCUGUUAGAGAAAUUUGUUGAAGAAUGCAGGUUCCCUCCAGUGCCAGAUGCCACUUGUUGCUAUCAGAAGUGCCAUGGAUAUUCCAAAAUCCAGAUUUACAUAACUGAUCCAGACUUUAAGGGUUUUAUACGUAUCAGCUGUUGCCAGUACUGUAAAAUAGAAUUUCACAUGAACUGCUGGAAGAAGUUAAAAACAACAACCUUUAAUGAUAAAAUUGACAAGGAUUUUCUACAAGGAAUUUGUCUUACCCCUGACUGUGAAGGUAUCAUUUCUAAGAUUAUCAUCUUCAGCAGUGGUGGACAAGUUAAAUGUGAAUUUGAACACAAGGUCAUAAAAGAAAAGGUUCCUCCAAGACCUAUUCUGAAACAGAAAUGUUCUAGCCUAGAGAAGCUAAGACUGAAGGAAGACAAAAAAUUGAAGAGAAAGAUCCAAAAACAAGAAGCAAAAAAAUUAGCACAAGAAAGAAUGGAAGAGGACUUAAGAGAAAAUAAUCCACCCAAAAAUGAAGAGCAGAAAGAAACCGUAGACAGUGUUCAGAGCUGUCAGUUCCUUGAUGACAGAAUUCUGCAGUGCAUAAAACAGUAUGCUGACAAGAUUAAAUCUGGUAUACUGAAUACUUCCAAGCUUCUCAAAGAAUUGCUUUCUUGGAAAGUUUUGAGCACAGAAGACUAUACAACCUGUUUUUCUAGCAGAAAUUUUCUAAAUGAAGCAGUGGACUAUGUCAUUCGUCACUUGAUUCAAGAAAAGAAUAGAGUAAAGACAAGAAUAUUUCUUCAUGUUUUAAGUGAGCUUAAAGAAGUGGAACCCAAAUUAGCCACUUGGAUCCAGAAACUUAAUAGCUUUGGCUUAGAUGCCACUGGACCUUUUUUUUCUCGUUAUGGAGCAUCUCUUAAGGAGCUUGAUUUUAGCAUCAUGACUUUUCUCUGGAAUGAGAGAUACGGUCAUAAACUAGGCUCUAUAGAAGGAAAGAAACUUGAUUAUUUCUAUGAGCCAACAUCGUUGAAGGAAGCACGUUGUUUAAUAUGGCUCCUGGAAGAACACAGAGACAAAUUCCCAGCACUGCACAGUGCUUUAGAUGAAUUCUUUGAUAUAAUGGAUAGCCGCUGUACUGUGUUAAGGAAACAAGACAGUGGUGAAGCUCCGUUUAAUUCUACCAAAGUGAAGAACAAAGGAAAGAAAAAGAAGCCAAAAGAUUCAAAGCCUAUGUUAGUUGGGUCUGGAACAACUUCAGUAGCACCAAAUGAGACUAUCACUUCAGGUGAAAACCAUAACAGGCGAAAUUCAGAUUCUGCAGGCCCAUUUGCAGUGCCUGAUCAUCUUCGGCAAGACGUGGAAGAGUUUGAAGCUCUCUAUGACCAGCACAGUAACGAAUAUGUUGUCCGCAAUAAGAAGUUGUGGGACAUUAACCCAAAACAAAAAUGUUCAACUCUAUAUGAUUACUUUUCUCAGUUGUUGGAGGAACACGGUCCUUUGGAUAUGAGUAACAAGAUGUUCUCUGAAGAAUAUGAAUUUUUCCCAGAAGAAACACGACAGAUACUAGAAAAAGCAGGAGGUUUAAAAUCUUUUCUCCUGGGAUGUCCUCGUUUUGUUGUGAUUGACAACUGUAUUGCAUUGAAGAAAGUUGCAUCACGGCUCAAGAAAAAAAGGAAGAAGAAAAACAUUAAAACCAAAGUAGAAGAAAUUUCAAAAACAGGAGAAUAUUUACGAGCUAAACUACCACUGAAUCCAGCUGCUAGGGAAUUUAAACCAGAUGUAAAGUCCAACCCAGUGUCUGAUUUAUCUUCAGCAUCAGCUUCUGAAGAUGUGCAGCCCAAACCUCCACCUGCUAAUUCUCCCAAACCAGCUUGUGAAGAUAUGAAGCCCAAACUGGUAGCCGAUGAUUCUUCUACACCAGUUUUUGAGGAUGGGAAAGCCAAAGAAGUCCCUGCUAAUUCUCCCAAACCAGUCUCUGAGGAUGCAAAUCACAAGCUCGUUUCUUCUGAUUCUGUUACAAUAGUUACUGAGGAUGUGAAACUAACCUACUGGACUCAAUCCCAUUUGGUCACAGGAUUCUGUACAUACGUUCCUUUUCAGAGAUUUGAUAUCACCCAGACAACUCCAACGUACAUAAACGUGUUACCAAGUUUGCCCCAGUACGCCAGCCUAUAUGCACCUUUGGCCAAUAUUUCUUCUGAGUAUCAGCUGCAAAGAUCAAUACCAGUGGUGGCAUCUUUUGUAGCCGAUGACAGAGCAGAUAACAACGCUGCUGCAUAUAUUGAGGGUCAUUUGAGUCCUGAGAAUGCCACUGGCGACCAGAUUGCUUCUGGAACGCAGAUCCCUGAGGGCUCUUUGGGAACAUCUGUAAAGUCAUCGUGCAGCACAGGUGAUGCUGAAACAGUCCUGAGUGAGUCUGACAUAAAUGAUGGGCACUGUGGAAAUUCUGACAACAAAUGUGAAGUAAAUCUGGAAAGUACCAAUGCAGUAACAAAUAUUCCACAUACACAGAUGGUUGCUGUGCAGGUUUCUUGGAACAUAACAUACCAGGAAGUCAAUACUGAGCCAUAUGAUCCUUUUGAGGCACAACAUGGAGAAAUCACACAGAUUGAAAAGGAGUACCAAGUAUUACAAGAGCAGCUUAAAGAAGCAUGUGAAAAUUAUGAGCAGAUAAAACUUAAAAGCUCAGAAGAGACCAGGGACCUGGAAGAGAAGUUGAAAAGGAACUUAGAAGAAAACAAGAUCUCAAAGACAGAAUUAGAUUGGUUCCUCCAAGAUUUGGAAAGAGAAAUUAAAAAGUGGCAACAGGAGAAAAAAGAAAUCCAAGAAAGACUAAAAGCACUGAAGAAGAAAAUGAAAAAGGUUUCAAAUGGCAUUGAAAUGUAUACCCAGCAAAACGAUGGACAGGAUAAGGAACAUGAAUUACAUCUGGAUCAGUCUCUUGAAAUCAGUGAUCCAUUUACAAAUGAGAAAAUGAAAAUAGAAGAGUGUAUAAAGAAAGGGAAAGAGCAUUAUGAAGAGAGUCAUCAAAGAGCUGUGGAUGCAGAGAUAUCUGUGCUUCAAAACUGGAAGGAGAGUGAACUGUAUAAGUUACAGAUCAUGGAGGCACAAGCAGAAGCCUAUCUGAAGAACCUGGGGCUAGUGAGUGAUUCUGCAGCAUAUCCCGACAUAGAGUCUGACAUACAUUCAUGGGAAUUGUUCCUUUCUGAUGUUACAGAAGAAAUUGAGAAAGCAAAAUCUCAGUUUGAAGAACAAAUAAAGGCAAUUAAAAGUGGCUCUCGGCUCUGUGAACUUUCUAAAGUGCAAAUUUCUGAGCUUUCAUUUCCUGCCUGUAACACAAUUCCUCCUGCGUUACUUCCUGAAUCUUCAGGCCAUGAUGAUCAAGGGCCUGUGGCUUCCCCAAAUGACAUGGCUGGAGACCAAACAGCAGCUCCUGAGGGUCCAGGGCUCUUCUCUGCCGACGACUACACAGCAGAGGCUCCUCCUGCACUGUCGCCAGGGCUGCCCUCCAGUCUGCCUGAAGUCUCUCAGACAUCAGAGUCGAAGCAAGCUGGCCAGGCAACUCCAUCAAAACAAAGUCCUGUGGCUGAUGAGAAACUACCGGCUCCUCCAGGACGUGCUGCUCGGACAAGCCAGUCUCCCAAAAAACCAUUCAAUAGUAUUAUUGAGCACCUGUCAGUGGUAUUCCCAUGCUACAACAGCACCGAACUUGCUGGUUUUAUUAAAAAAGUGCGAAACAAAAACAAGAACUCGCUCUCAGGAUUGAGUAUUGAUGAAAUUGUCCAAAGAGUGACAGAACACAUUCUAGAUGAACAGAAAAAGAAAAAGCCAAAUCCAGGGAAGGACAAGAGGACAUCUGAGCCCAGCUCUGCUGCCUCUGUGACCAGGUCCUCCCAGGACCCACCCUCGAUUGUCGGACCAUCACCCAAAACCAAGGGGCAGAAAACAGAAGGUGUCCCUGCAUCGGGCGCAAGUUCUUGUGAGUUAUGCCAUGAGGUGUUCAAAUCAAAAAAUGUGCGUGUACUAAAAUGUGGGCACAAGUAUCACAAAGGGUGUUUUAAGCAGUGGCUUAAAGGGCAAAGCACUUGCCCAGCCUGCCGAGACCAGGAUCUGUCAGAAGAGUAGCCUCCACCUUCUGGAAGAGACUGGCCCAGUGAAAAUCAGGAAGGAUCUUCUUGCUGCUCUCGGUAGUCACACCUCACUAAAGAGUAAAUCUCUGGUGUGUUGAAUUUAAAGAAUUACAAUAUACUACCUUUGGCAUAAAAAGCAAA